CAGGGCUGAAACUUCCUCCUUGCUGUCUGACAGGGACUGACGUAUCCUAGGGCCUUUGAAUCCCGGAAGUUCAGGACACACCCAGCCCUGAUUGCAACGUCCAAACGCUGGAGGGUAGGUGAAAGGACAAAAGUGAAAAGCACUUGGACAUGAGGGACCCACUGGCAGACUGUUCGUACAACAAGGCGUACAAGAGCCUCAAGGAACUUUCUCAAAAUGGAGAGAAUUUCUGUAAGCAGAUCACAUCUGUUCUUCAGCAAAGGGCAAACCUGGAAAUCAGCUACGCCAAAGGACUUCAGAAACUGGCCACCAAGUUGAACAAAGUGCUGCAGGGCACCAAGAAAAACUGUCUCAGCAGCGCCUGGGCGUGGGCAUCGGAGGGCAUGAAAUCCGCCGCGGAGCUGCAUCAAAAACUUGGCAAAGCAAUUGAGUUGGAAGCAAUAAAACCAACUCAUCAAAUCCUGAGUGUGCAGGAGAAGAAGAGAAAAUCACUUGAUAAUGAAGUUGAAAAGACAGCAAGUCUUGUUAUUAGCAAUUGGAAUCAGCAAAUUAAGGCUAAGAAAAAAUUAAUGGUGAGUACCAAGAAGCAUGAAGCGCUUUUCCAUCUGAUAGAAAGCUCAAAGCAAUCCAUGACUCAGAAGGAGAAGCAGAAGCUCUUCAAUAAAUUGAAAAAAUCGACUGAGAAUUUGGAAAAGGAGGAUGAAAAGUACUACCAAAAGAACAUGGCAGGCUAUUCAACCAGACUGAAAUGGGAAAACACACUAGAAAACUGUUACAAGAGCAUCCUGGAGCUGGAGAAGGAAAGAAUUCAACUUUUAUGCAACAACUUAAACCAGUACAGCCAACACAUUUCUCUUUUUGGCCAAACCCUGACCACAUGCCACACCCAGAUUCACUGAGCCAUCAGCAAGGUGGAUGUUGAAAAAGAUGUGCAGACUCUGAUGGAAGAAACUGCAAUGUUAUCGACAGAAAACAAAUCUGAGUUCCUGUUAACAGACUACUUUGAAGAAGAUCCUAACAAUGCGAUGGAUAAAGAGAGACGAAAAUCUUUAAUAAAACCAAAAUUGUUGAGACUGCAAAGAGACAUUGAAAAGGCCUCCAAAGACAAAGAAGGCCUGGAACGAAUGCUCAAUACAUACUCCAGCAACUCGUCCUUCUCGGAUGAAAAGAGCCAGAAAGACACCGCAGCGUUAAUGGACGAGAACAAUUUGAAACUAGACCUUCUGCAAGCGAACUCCUACAAACUGUCAUCGGUCUUAGCAGAACUUGAACAGAGAACUAAACCCAGCCAUCCCUGUAGCAACUCCAUCUUCAAGUGGAAAGAAAAGGAGCAUACUCAUACGUAUGUAAAGAUAUCUCGGCCUUUUUUGACAAAGAGAUUAGAGAAUGUUUUGAGUAGGACAUCUUCCAGUGGGCAGAAAAAUUCAAGUUCUUCAUCUCCAGCUUCCGAUGCAGCCCAGGUUGGCAACAGUCUUGGCAAGGCCUUAUAUUCUUUUCAAGCCAGGCAAGAUGAUGAGUUGAACUUGGAGAAAGGAGACAUUGUGACCAUACAUGAAAAGAAAGAAGAAGGAUGGUGGUUCGGAUCUCUCAAUGGAAAAAAGGGCCAUUUCCCUGCUGCCUAUGUGGAAGAGCUCCCUCCAAAAGCUGGGCACACAGCCACACAGGCAUAAACCAAGAGUCCACACACACCGCCUUGCACACUCUGUACACUACACAGUGUACCGCAAAGAAAGCUAAGAUGCUGCUCUAUUUGCAAGCUUUGCUUUUUCAGUGAGUUGUAGAGUCCUAUCUACACGUCCUACCACUUUGUUCCCAUGGUAAUUUGCUGAAACAGAGUCAGAUAAAAAAUGAAUACGUAGAGAGAGGCAGGGAAGAGGCUCCCUGGUUCCAGAAGUUUCUGAAUGCUCUGCGACCCCAGAUAUGAGCCAGUGAAUCCCUUCACAUAACAGAGAGAGGUGUUGAUCUCAUGUGGGUUCAGCCACUUGUCCAAAAUCACAGCAACCUGGCAGUGCAACAGAAAUUUUUAGUGUCCUUUUCUCUAGACGUGGGUAGCAGCAAGACACAGCAGGCCUGCAAGGGGUCAAACAAGUCCUGAGAGAUGACAAAGAACACAGUGAGACAGAUCCAGGUGAACAGAUAGAAAAAUAAAAGAUCAGGAGAGCUGGGCGUGGUGGCGCAUGCCUGUAAUCCCAGCACUUGGGAGGCUGAGGCAGGAGGAUCU